AUGCUAACGCCCCACCAACUCGCCAAAACCCUCAAGAAUGAAGCCGUUGUUUAUGCUCUCAUGAUAUGGGACAAGGACGAUGAAGCAGACGACGAAUUCAAUGACGAGAUUCACCCUCCAGACGAUCCAACAGACACCAAUCGCCACCAAAAAGAAGACAUCACCUCCUCCGGAAAUAGAAGACAAAAUUGA